AUAUAUUCUUCAAAUAAGAUUUUAUGGUGUCUCCGAAAUGAUGGUUAUGAUUGGCCUAAAAGUCCUCAAAGGUAUUGGACUGGUUUAGUCAGCGAUAGUGAAAUUUUAACCGUUGAAAAGUUAUUAUUAGGUGAUUUUAAUUUUAUGGAACUUGAAGUCGUUGCAGAACAUAAUGAAGAAGGUUAUGAAUAUCUUGUUGAAAAAGUUGAUUCAAAUUAUGUUGAUAAUGCAAAGUAUUACAUUUUAGAUGGUUUAUUAACUGAUGAUAAUGGUAAAGAAUUUAUUAUUGAAGGUGAAUCUAUUCCAAUCGAUAAAGGUAGAAGGGUAAAUUUUGUUGGUAAUAAAGUUUGGAAUUUUUGUGGUUUUAUGACUGCUUUUGGAAUUAUUGGUAGAUGUUGGAUAAACGGUGUAAAUAUUGAAAAUGCUGGUUUUUUCUGGCUUUGGGAAGAAGAUAUAUAA